AUGGCUUCUGUCGCAGAGGCCCGCCGCAGUCCCUUUUCGGGCGACCCUCACCAUCCCAACCUGCACAAGUCGAUUCCCAUCCUGCCCUCGUCCAGCCCGAGGCUUGCGGCAUCCCGGGACCCCAUGGACAUCACGCCCUCGUCGUCGACCAUGGGCCCGCCCAACGAGCGCACCCAAUCGGUCUCGUUCCAACUGCCGUCGCAAAGAGAAGGAAACGGCGAUUCGGAAAACACAUCGCCUCCCAAUGGCAGCACGGGGCCUGCAGUGGGCGCUGCCGCAGCUGCACAACAGCCCAAGGUCGUCCAGACGGCCUUCAUACACAAGCUAUACAACAUGCUCGAAGACCAGAGCAUCCAGCACCUCAUCUCCUGGGCGAGCACUAACGAGAGUUUCGUCAUGUCACCCUCUAGCGAGUUCUCCAAAGUCCUUUCGUCCUACUUCAAGCACACCAACAUUUCCUCAUUUGUGCGCCAGCUGAACAUGUACGGCUUCCACAAGGUGAGCGACGUGUUCCACACUGGAUCGCCCGACACUCCCCUAUGGGAGUUCAAGCACGGCAACGGAAACUUCAAGCGAGGCGAUCUGGUCGGUCUGCGCGAGAUCAAGCGACGUGCUUCUAGACAUGCCCUCGUCCAUCGCGAGUCCUUCCCCGCGCCCAAAAUGCCCCUUGGCCCACCAGCUGGGCAGGCGGUCGACCCAAUGCCGGACCCUGUCGAGUCACGUCUCCAGAGUCUCGAAUACAACCUCCAUGACAUGCAUGCGCGCAUGCAGCGAUCAGAAGACACAUGCGCAUACCUCACUCAAAGGAGUUCGGUGCUAGCCGAGGGCAUGAUGAAAUGCCACCAAUGGAAUCAGGACCUUGCAAACCUCAUCAUGCAAAUGGUGCCGGACCCGGAAAACCCUAUCCAUAGGGAUGUCGCCAUGAUGCAGCGUGAGAUUGCUCGACAAACAGACAUGCUCCGAGCAUUGGAGCCACCAGAAGAUGCACCUCUCUCCGCACGCCAAUCCUACUUUAUGCAAGUAGACAGCAGCAACGGCCCACCCCUUUCACCCCGGCAAAUGCCACAAGACAAUCUAACAGAAUCGCGGAGAGGAUCCUUGGCGAACGUUUCACGGCAAGCUCCAUACAAGGCUGCGAUCCCGGCCCAUCUUGCAAUUUCUCCGCGACGUUACGGUUCAAUAGGCACGGGUAAUUACUCUCCAUCUUCAGCCAGGACCCCAGUUUCCCAUCAGCCACCCCCACCUCCUCCUCCACAAGUACAGCAGCCGGGAGGUGCAAACCAGGGGAGCAACUUGCCAAGCACUUUGUCCCCUCCGUAUAAUCUAUAUAGGCGGCACACCUCGGCAGAUAUCCGCUUACACGGUUGGCAACCGCAGCCACCCAACCCUGCUGUCAAUUCGCCCUACGCUUCUGGUUACAACUCCACACAAUGGCCCUCGUCACCGCGCCAUCCACCUAUCGGAGGUGGUGACCAGCAGCUCCGUGAUGCAUUGGAAUCGUACCAAUUACCCCGCGGUCCACGGCAAGCACAGUCAAGACACGGCUCUCCUCCACCGCAAAAUGAGAACAUGCCAUCGACAUUAAAUCCAGAUGCUGGCUGGACACUACCGGGAGCUAGAUACCCUUUCAAAGGCCUCGACACUGGACCACCUACUCGACGAUCUAGUAUGGCGUCCAAUGUCCACUCGCUCCUCAAUCCCGCGGAGACAGCGGAGCGCAGUGAGGAGGAUGAGGGAGAUGACGUGCGUAAGCGAAAACGCAUGCAGUGA